UUUUGCUAUUUGUUUAUGGUUUUUUCGAGGACCUUAGUCUACAGGGCUAAAGUUGAAAAGAUUCAAUAAAUUUUACAACUAUGAGCUUUCUACUCUCCCUUUUCUUUGGGGCACUCACACUUAGGGCUAUCUCUCACUCUGAAUGUGACGACCCUCUUACAGGCUUUUUUAUAAAGAGGUCGCACUGUUCCUUCUUUACAUUUCCUCCUUUUGGUAAGGAGCUACCCUCAAGCGUACGCUCUUUAGAAAUUACCCAAAGUAAAAUUACUUAUCUCGGCGAAAAAGCGUUUAAAGGACUUACCAUACUAAAUAAUUUAAACUUGGGUAGCAAUGAAAUCACUUCUAUUGGCGAAAACUUAUUUAAGGACCUAAAGAACCUUAGAGUUCUUAAUUUAGGAAGUAAUGAACUUAGUUCCAUUGAAAAUCAAGUUUUUAAAAAUUUAAUUAACUUGCAAACAUUGAAUUUAGAAAAAAACAUGAUUAGAGUGAUUAAAAAAAAUAUGUUUGAUGGUCUUGAAAGUCUAGAACGUUUGUAUCUUGAUGAUAAUAGCAUCGAAAGGAUUGAAGAAGCGGCUUUUGCUAAUUUAAAACUUUUAAAUUUUUUAUCCCUUCAUUAUAACAGGCUCGCCGCGAUGCCCUACUGUGCGGAUUUUUGUUUACCAAAUUUAACUUAUUUAAAUUUAGGAGGUAACAAACUUGGUUCGGUGGAUGGUAGUUUCCUUAAAGAGCAUAUCAAAUUAACCGAGUUGUAUCUCUAUAACUGCUCCAUUGAAUCAGUUUCUGAUGGCGCAUUUUCUAGUCUUUCGGCGUUAACACUUUUGAAUUUACACUACAAUAAAAUUACUAAAAUAUGUGGGGAAACGUUCAAGGGUCUACAUAAACUACAAUUGUUAAACCUGUUAGAUAAUAAAAUUAAAUCAGUUUCUUCCCAAGCCUUUUCUAUGUUAGGAAAGCUAACCUACCUGAACCUUUAUAAAAAUCCUAUUACCGAAAUUGGACCUAAUGCUUUCAGCAGCAGUUUUAAUUUUACCCACUUGGUUAUUGGACUGGAUAAAACUUUUCUUUGUUGCUCACGUGUCACUUAUAGCUUUCUAAACUUCCCCGAUUUAUUGUGCACUCACAAUGGGGCUCAUAAGGCAUUUUCUAAAAUUUCUUCAAAGGAAUGUAACUCUAAUCACUUAUCGAGCGACGAUGGAGUAGUGCCCCUAAUUCCUUUUAUUCCUCAUGAAGCGCAAGUUGCCAGCAACUCCGUAAAAAAAAUUAGGAGAAUAAGAAAAAAUUUAAAGGAUGGAAGGAACUCCAAGGAACUUAAAAGUUCUCCUAAUUACGAUUACUCUGUGGUGGAUACUUGUAAAAUUAACACCCAGGAAAGGAUAAACAGUAACUUUAGAAAGAAACAUGGUUUAAACCAAGGCGAAGCCAAAGAAGAGGUUACUGCUGGACGUAAAACUUUAAAAAAGAAUGAUAGAAGUACUAAAAAGGGGGUGUUAGCUACUUCAAGGAAUGGAAACCUACUAAAAUAUGCAUUGAUCAUAAGCUGUCCGUCGGUUGCAAUUAUAUUAGUCGUUAGUGUACUGGCGGUGUAUUAUCGUAAGAGAAAAGGAAAGGUAGUGGAAAAGCUAUGUCACAGGAAAGCACAGAGACAAGGAACUUUCUUAGUAAAUCCUACAUUUAAGCCUGCUGGUGCAGAACAUCUGAAUAUUUCCAUAGCAUAAAAAAAGUUUUGUGCUUUGACCUCUUGAAAGAGAGAGAUAUCUUUUAAUAAAGUCAACAUUAUACUCA